UUACUCCUUAAGAAUCGUUCCCUUCAGCUGACCUCCUCUUCCGUCUCUCCGCGCUCCAGCUGCACGCCAAUUAAACCCUACUCUCUCUGACUCUCCCUUCUCUCUCUCUCCCCGCUUUGCGUUAUCUCCGCUGCUGCCGUGCCGCCCCCCUCGCGCACACGCAGAAAACGAACGAACGAACGAACGAACAAACAAAAAGCGCCGAGUAACGCAGAGCCGCAGAUAGAAUUGUCUAGUGCCGAGACCGCUCUCGCGGUGUGCGGCGCGGCUUAGAGCUACCGAGAGAGAGAGUCCGAGAUGGAGGCGACGGCGCCGCCCGAGUACGACGGCUACUACGGCCGCGACAAGAAGGCCGUCGUCGCCUGCGCUGGGGACCACUUCGUCGUGGACGACCUCCUCGCGCUGCCGGCCUGCGACGACGACGACGAGGAAGGGGACGGGGGCGAGGCGUUCCUGGCCGUCGACACCCAGCAGCUGCCCCCCGCCAAGGAGGAGGGCGGCGGCGGCUUCGGGAACGCGUCGGGUGACUCCUCCACCGUCACGGCCCUCGAAAGCUGCACCAACUCCUUCUCCGGCCUUGCCGACGGCGACUUCUCCGGCGGCCUGUGCGAGCCGUACGACCAACUGGCGGACCUGGAAUGGCUGUCGAACUACAUGGGCGAGGGCGAGGAGGCCUUCGCCAGCGAGGACCUCCAGAAGCUGCAGCUCAUCUCCGGCAUCCCUUCCGGCGGCUUCUCCUCGGCGGGCGCACGGCCGCCUGCCCCCGCGGCCCAGGCGGCGGCGGCGGCCCAGCAGCCCACCAUGUUCCUGCCGGAGGCCCCCGUCCCCGUCCCCGCCAAGGCACGUAGCAAGCGCUCCCGCGCCGCGGCAGGCAACUGGUCGUCCCGCCUGCUCGUGCUCCCGCCGGCGCCGGCCUCCCCGCCGUCCCCAGCUUCCAUGGCCAUCUCGCCCGCGGAGUCCGGCGUCUCGGGCGCCGCCCAGGCGUUCCACGUGAAGAAGCCGUCGUCGAAGCCGGCCAAGAAGAAGGACGCGCCGCAGGCGCUGGCGCCGACGAGCGCGCCUGGCACGCCCACGGGCGUGUCGGCGGCGGCGAGCGAAGGGAGGCGGUGCCUGCACUGCGAGACUGACAAGACCCCGCAGUGGAGGACGGGGCCCAUGGGCCCCAAGACGCUGUGCAACGCGUGCGGGGUGCGGUUCAAGUCGGGCCGGCUGGUCCCCGAGUACCGGCCCGCCGCGAGCCCCACGUUCGUCACCUCCAAGCACUCCAACUCCCACCGCAAGGUGCUGGAGCUGCGCCGGCAGAGGGACAUGCACCACCAUCAUCACGGCGGCCAGCAGCAGCAGCAGCAGCCCCCGCAGCACGUCGUCACCGGGAGCCUGAUGCACAUGCAGAGCCCGCUGCUGUUCGACGGGCCGUCGGCCCCGCCCAUCGUCGCCGCCGGCGACGACUUCUUGCUCCACCACCGCUCGGCGACGGAUUACCGGCAGUUCAUGUAGGUGAAUGUGGUACUGUGCUAGAACUGAUCAGUUAGCCAAGGAAUAAAGUAAAGCUGCAGCAGCUGAAAUGCCCGAGAAUUCCGAAAAAUCGGAAGAACUACAGACUCUAUUUUCUCUUUAGGACUACUCCUUUUCUCAGUUUUUCUCUUUGGUUUGCUUAGCAUGUGUGCUUUUGCUCAGCUCGAAAUUUUCGUGUCGAUUUUGUUUUUUUUAUCAUGUUCAGCUUAAUUUUAGUUCACUCCUAAUUACCCCUUAGAGACUAAUUCUAGGGACCGGAUGUUUUUCUUUCUUUUCUAGCAUCUUGUAAUACUCCGUUCAGGUCUUCUCGAGAACCUAGUAAAAUAUGAAAACGAGCUGAUUUUCUUUU